GGGGGAAUAGUGCCCUGUCAUUGGUGUCAGUGGGGGGUAGUGUGUCCCAACAUUGGUGUCAGUGGGAGGAAUAGUACCCCAUCAUUGGUGUCAUGGGGGGGAGGACUAGUGCCCCAUCAUUGGUGUCAGUGGGGGGAGGAUUAGUGUCCCAUCAUUGGUGUCAGUGGGAGGAAUAAUGCCACAUCAUUAGUAUCAGUGACACCAAUGAUGGGCACUAUUCCUCCCACUGACACCAAUGAUGGGCACUAUUCUCCCACUGACACCAAUGA